AUGUCGUCGUCGGAGGGUGCGCCGGAGUCAUGGAUCUCCUCAUUUUGCUCGCUCAUGGGCCAUGAGUUCUUUGCGGAGGUCUCGGAAGAUUUCAUCGAGGAUGACUUCAAUCUCACUGGACUGCAGUCCCAAGUCCCCAUGUACAAGGAGGCCUUGGAGAUGAUCCUCGACGUCGAACCGGAGGAGGAUGAAGACGAGGAGGAAGAGGAGGAGGAAGAGGAAGAAGAAGAUGAGGACGAAGUAUUGGGCGACGAGCGGCCUCUAGGCUAUCGGCGCGCGGGUGACCGUCGGCAUACACGGGUGGCGAGCGAUCUGAGUGUGAUUGAGAGCUCCGCGGAGCUACUCUACGGGCUGAUCCACCAGCGGUACAUCACCUCGCGCCCCGGCAUCCAGCAGAUGCUGGAAAAGUACGAGAUGCAGCACUUUGGAGAGUGUCCACGCGUGAACUGCGGCGGAUGCAAGGUCCUUCCAGUGGGUCGUUCUGAUACCCCCGGGCAAGAAACCGUCAAGCUGUUCUGCCCCGGCUGCAUGGAUAUCUACACCCCGCCCAACAGUCGCUUCCACUCCGUCGACGGUGCCUUCUUCGGUACCACAUUUGGUUGUCUCUUCUUCAUGACUUUCCCCGAUCUGAAUGUUGGUUCCCGUCUGGAUGGGUCGCGCUCCACCGCCGCUCGCUCUCCAUCUACGCUCGCCAGCGCUCAAAUGCCCAACGAACCCCCUACGCCUGAAGAUCAACCGAUCGAGAUUAACGGCAUGCACACCUCCAAUUUCUGCCCCGGCCUCGGACGCGGGAAGAUUUACGACCCCAAGAUCUACGGAUUCAAGGUAUCCGAAGUGUCCAAGGUCGGCCCGCGGAUGAAGUGGCUUCGAAUGAAGCCCAGGGAUAUCUACGAGGUGGAUGAGGCGCGCAACUAUGAGCUCAAUGCCGCCGAGCGCGAGGAGGAAGUGAGAGAAAACGAGGCCCGCGAACGUGAGACUGACAAUGAUGGCGAUAUGGAGAUGAAUGCUGAACAAUCCCAAGAAGCGGCAAUUGCGAAUCGAAAAAAGGCACCCAUGCGUCGUCGACGACAAACCCCCACCCAGACGGCAGCUUCGGACCAGAUGAGUGUGCAGAGUGCGGAAAUCGGCUAA